UUGCCUAUUUUCAAGCUUCCCAUGCCAUUUUUAUUUUUACUCAUCCUCAUUUAAAUAAAACAAAAUCACUCCCAAAAAAUUUUAGGACCUGUCUUUUUCAGACACAUACUCGGAGAGAGAGAGAGAGAGAGAGAUGGAAGAAGAGAUUGAGAGCCAUCAUGGAGAUUUGCCAAAUGUUGUGCGCAGAAGAAGAAGCUCAAGCCCAGAGAGCCCUUGCUUGAAGACCAACCAUCACCACAGCAACAAAGAACAGGACAGGUUCUUGCCGAUUGCCAACGUUGGGAGGAUCAUGAAGAAGGUGCUUCCUGGGAAUGGCAAGAUCUCCAAGGACGCAAAAGAGACGGUCCAGGAAUGCGUGUCGGAGUUCAUCAGCUUUGUCACUGGGGAGGCAUCAGACAAGUGCCAGAGGGAGAAGAGGAAGACCAUCAAUGGGGAUGACAUCAUCUGGGCGGUCACCACCCUAGGGUUUGAGGAUUAUGUUGUGCCCCUCAAGACAUACCUCAACAAGUACAGAGAGAUUGAGGGUGAGAAGCUGAAUGUCCCCAAACAACAACAGAGAUCAUGCUCAUCAGCGGAUCAACAGCAACCACAACAGCAACAUAGGAUGCAUCAACAACCAUUCGAUCAUCAGAUUCAAGAUCACAGCACCAACAUGGGGUUUACCAAUAACGAUAAUAACAGUAGUAAUGUUUUUUGUUCUUCAGCAAGCAUUUUGUCUCAGCCUCGCUCUUUCGGGGGCACUGAUCAUCAGCCAUUGAUCUCCUUGCCUUUCUCUCCCAAUUCCAUUCAAAAACAAUUACAGCACCAAGACCAAGUUGAUUCGUUGGGGCAGUGGUAGAUAUCAUACUCAAAUCUCACCUUUUGUCACCUUUUUGUGUUAUAUUAUACAAUGCUGAUAUAUACCAUUCAAACAAUACGUUACAGUUUU